GAGCAGAUAGAUGUUUACAUCGCUGUGGAUGGGCUGCGUCUUUGUUUUUCGUGUAUUUAACAACGAAACAGCGACUUUAAAUUUAAUUGCGUGUAAAGAACAGGUGUCGUUGCUGUUGUGUGCGGGAUUUUUUUAUCAACCUGGACACAUGAUAACAGAGGAUCAUCUGACCUGAGCUGAGAGGACUGACAUCUAUCACAUCAGAGUCACUUUGUCUGUGAACAUGAAGACGGACAUCCCUUACAACGAGCUGAUGGACAUGGAGUGGAGGAGACAAGAAUCCAACAGGAAAGCACAAGUGUAUUCCCGCUGGGUGAUGGCGCUGGCCACUGCGGCGACCGUGUUGCUGGCCGCCACGGCCCUCUAUAACGUCCUGGCGCAGAGGGAUUUCUCCAGCCAUCCUACCCCGAGCAGCAGCCUCCAUCUGGGCAAGGCCGAGUCCUGUUCAGACCCCUGCAAGAUCCUUCUGGUGGAGAGCAUCCCUGAAGGGUUGGAGUUUAACUCCAGCACCACUCACCCCUCCAUCUACCAGGCCUGGCUCAAUCUGAUCAGUGAGGCUCGCAGCAGUCUCGACAUCGCCUCCUUCUAUUGGACGCUCACCAACAAAGACACCGGCACUCAUGAGCCAACAGCCUAUCAGGGUGAGACCAUUCUGAAGAAACUAGCAGAGCUUUCAGGGAAGUUGUCUGUUCGUAUCGCCGUCAACACGCCGCAGGAGAGUCAACCACACAAUGACCUCAGACUGCUCAACGACUCAGGAGCUGAUAUCAGGACAGUAAACAUGAGAAAACUGACCUCAGGUGUCCUUCAUACCAAGUUCUGGGUGGUGGACAAGAAACACAUUUACAUCGGUAGUGCCAACAUGGACUGGAGGUCCCUCACACAGGUGAAGGAGCUGGGCGCGGUGGUCUACAACUGCAGCUGCUUGGCGGCAGACCUGGGUAAGAUCUUUGAAGCCUAUUGGUUCCUGGGGGAGAGUCAGUCGAUCCCGUCGCCGUGGCCGACCAGCUUCGCCACCCUCUACAACAAGGACACCCCCCUCCAGCUGCCGCUCAACGACACGCCGUCCAGCGUCUACCUGUCGAGCUCCCCUCCGUCCUUCUGUGCGGCUGGCAGGACUCCAGACAUUCAGUCCAUCCUCAGUGUGAUGGAGGAUGCCGAGAGCUUCAUCUACAUCGCUGUCAUGAACUACCUGCCCACCAUGGAGUUCUCACAUCCUAAAAGGUACUGGGCAGACAUUGACACCCAGCUGAGGCGAGUGGCAUAUGAGAAGCGGGUCAGCGUGCGCCUGCUGAUCAGCUGCUGGUCCAGCUCCCAGCCCAUCAUGUUUUCCUUCCUGAAGUCUCUGGCCUCAGUUUACGACCCCAAGGCCAAACUGGACAUCCAAGUGAGGCUGUUUGUGGUGCCCGCCAGCCCCAAGCAGAAAGAGAUUCCCUACGCCAGAGUCAAUCACAACAAGUACAUGGUGACCGACAAGAUAGCUUACAUAGGUACAUCUAACUGGUCAGGUGACUACUUUGUAAGCACAGCUGGCUCAGCUUUGGUCGUCAACCAGACUGCAUCACAGUCCCUGGAGCCAACCGUCCAAUCACAGCUGAAGGCUGUGUUUGAGAGAGACUGGAGCUCUGACUACAGCACUCCUGUCACCCAGCACACAAACCUGGAAGACUUCUGUUAGUUAGAUACCGAAUCAGUCUACGUCAGCGUAUCACUUCUGUGAAACACAUAUCGCAGUGCUUUAGUUAGCACUUUUAUUUUAGUAUUCAAAUUCUUUACAUUUUGCACUGGUCAGCUUAAACAAGGAGCUUCCUCGGUUGCUCGGGUCCAAAAGAAGAUUGUGGACUUCCAGUAAACCCGGCUGAUCACAGCUUUAGUGCCAAACUCCUAUUGGACUGGAGAGUAACAGGCCAUCAAACCAGUUAACUGCCCAGUACUGCAAAUUUUACAUUGUUGGGAGAUGUUCAGUGAUACUUGAAUGUGUUUUUUUUUUAAGGAUUACAUGUGUGAGUAACCAGCCUGGUAACAUUUUAGUUACUCAUAAAACUCAUCAGAUUGCUGCGACAUACAUCACAGGUGAGCAGUCAGAACGUCUUGCAACAUGUUACCAGUAUUGAUAAACCGUGAUCAGGUAGAGUUCUAAUGAAAAGCCUCCAGCAGUCACAGCAGAUAAUAAUGUUUUAACUCACAGCUGCACUAUUGUGUGGUUUCUGUCAUGUAGCGCCAGUAGCAGUAGGGGGCGCUGUUUCACCUCUCCUGUUUCACCUCUCCUGUUUCACCUCUCCUGUUUCACCUCUCCUGUCAGGUCGGGUUCUUGUGGAGGCACAAUGUUUUCGGAUCGAUUCAUUGAUCACUUUUCUAGUUUUUAAAGAUCACUCCCAAUGCAAUAUUUUUCUACAAUGUCAGCCUCAGUGGGAAUUUAUUAUCCCAGCUCAUCUCAGGGAGUAAAGUUUGAGUUUGUCUUAUCUGAUUAUUAUAGUUUGCUGGAAUUUUGGACUAAUUAAUGCUCAAAAUGGUGUGCUGUGCCUGUACUAUAAACAAUAUGAGCUUUUUAAAAUAAAUAAGAUGGGCUUUAUGAAAAUCCACUCCACUUUUUAAUUUAAAUUCAUUUAAUACUAAAGUCAGCAGUGCAUACAGUAGACUGAAAGUUUGCAGCGGCAGUUAAUGAGGAUGAACUAAUUUAAUUUCCACUGUGUGGAGUGAUUGAAACUACCAAUUAGUGGAGUGGUUGUUACGGCAACCGUCCAGAUAAGUGCGUUUACAAGUAGCAGUGUGCUUAUAAAAUGCUCAGGGACAGUUAUUAUGUACAUGUCAUUAUCUCCUGCCUCUUUAUAAAGCAGUUACUUUAAAUAAACGUCUCUGAAUCAAA